AUGACCUCUAGACAUCGAAAGCCUCCGCCGAUUUACGAGCAUCCAAUAAGGACUCCAGUGGUGAAUGACCAAACGCUUGGUUCUGGAAAUCUCCGGAUGGCGGUCAUGCUCCCGGUCGGUGAAGAUGAAAACGAAUGGAUAGCAUAUCACCUCGUAGAUUUUUUCAAGCAAAUCACGAUGCUCUACGGCACUAUCUUACCGUAUUGCACCGAAGAUAGCUGCCCUACGAUGAGUGCCGGACAGAACAAAUACUUUUGGGUAGAGUUCUAA